CUCAAAGAGGUUCUUUCUUAUGAGCUUUGCAGUGUACCAGUCGCACUUGUACAUCCUGAUGGCAGCCUCAGGAAGACGACAAAAAGCACCCUAAUGCAUGUACUUGAAAACAAUGUUACGUGUAGAUCAAGCCUGCCUUCAUCACAGCACCCUACAGCAUGUCUAAUUGAUGCGAUGGCUCUUAUUCAGAUGGUUAAAUCAGCAAGGUCUGCGACAUUUAGCCAGUUAUCGCAGAAAUACCAAGACAUUGUCACUAGUAAAUUUCAUCAGAACAGUCACACCAGAGUAGACCUAAUUUUCGACCAAUAUAGGCCUGUCUCAAUUAAGGCAGGGGAACGCAGCAAGAGAGGAGAAUCAGGCUCGUUUGAAAUUAACAUCCACAGUGGAUCCACGCCAGUACCGAAGCAGUGGUCAAAAUAUAUCUCAAACCCAAAGAACAAACAAAACUUAGCCGCCUUUCUCUGGGAGUCGUUAACAAAGAACUUACCGGCAUAUUUAGGCCCUCGGCAGAAGGUCGUCCUAGGAGGAGGAUUCAAGGAUGGAUUAAAAGCAGUGUGUCUAACUAGUGGUUCCGCAGUUGUUGAGCCAAAUCUACGUUCAGAUCAUGAAGAGGCAGAUACAAGACUUCUGCUUCAUGCCAAACACGCUGCAGCCACUCAUCCACGCAUUGUGAUACAAUCACCAGACACUGAUGUUGCCGUACUUUCAGUAGCACAUUUUUCAGAUUUAAACUGCCAGGAACUGUGGUUAAAAACAGGCGUCAAAGACAGACUGAGAUACCUACCUGUCCAUGAGAUUCAGGCUUCCCUGGGGGAAUCUCUUUGUAGAUGUCUUCCAUCGUUCCAUGCACUGACUGGUUGCGACUCUACGAGUGCCUUCUCUGGAAUAGGGAAGAAGAAGGCGUGGAAGGUACUGCUGACGAAAGAACAGAUGCAACGUGAUCUCUGUACUCUAGGACAGAAUCCUGCCAUACACGAGCCUGCGCAGAAGGCUGCUGAGUCUUUUAUCUGCUCCCUUUACACUUCUGCGAAGAACUUUUCAAAUGUAGACGACGCUAGAUAUUUUCUUUUUUGUCAACGAAAUUUGAAAAGUGAAGACCUGCCACCGACUUCAGAAUGCUUGUCUCAUCAUAUCAAGAGGGCUAACUUCCAAGCCUUUGUUUGGAAUAGAGCUUUGGUUCCACUUCAGAACAUUCCCUCGCCAGAUGAACAUGGAUGGAAGCUGGAAAAUGGCAAGCUAUUCCCUGUUCUGAUGACAAGGAGUCCUGCCCCAGAAGGCAUGACGGAGCUAACAACAUGCCGCUGCACAACUUCAGAAUGUAAACGUAGUUGUUCCUGUAGGAAAAGUAACCUCCCUUGUACGGAGGCCUGUUUAUGUAUGGCAGAUGAAGGAUGCUGCAAUCCUCUGAAUGAAGAGUUGUUGUCUGACAAUGAUUCUAGUGCCUCUGACACUGAGUGACAGUUGUUGUUUUUUAUGUCAGUCUGCAAAUUACAUGUACUUAUCAGAUCAUUACCUCUCCCGAUACAGAUCCGAACAACGGGCCGAUAAAUUAAGGUUUUGACUGAUGUUUUACAAUUCCGAUUCAACGAUUCUUUAGUAUGCGACAAAGAUUGGUAAAGAUAGCAAAUUUCUUAGGGGGUAAUUUUCAAGACCUAAGUGUUUGUAAGACAGAUUAUCAUCAGUGGUUGUAGUUUACACGUAACGAAAUUAAAACAUGUUGCAAACUGGUAUCUUUUUGACUUACAAAAUGACACCACUUAAAAAUACCUACUGCUUUCACAUUGUGAAGAGCUGUUGCCAGUACCUUUCACUCGCAGUCGUCUCCCUUUGAAUUUCAAAGAAUGACUGACGGCAAGAAGCUUCCAUACCUAUUGUUCCACAUGUGGUCGUUAGCUCAAUAAACAGAAUCCAGUCUCUG